AUGCAGCCAGUUGAAGCAGACGCAAUCGAUCCACAGCAACGAGUUCUUUUGGAGACGGUCUACGAGGGAUUGGAGUCAGCUGGCCUAACAAUUGAGGGACUCCAGGGCUCCUCGACGGCGGUUUAUCUCGGUAUGAUGGGCUGCGAUUAUGCUGAUGUAGUUCAGGGAGAUAUCGAGUGCACACCAACCUAUGCGGAUGAGUGGCAGGCAUACGUAGACGAGCAUCUCGAGGAGUUGGAUAUAGAUGAGACGGAGACACAUAACGCAACUCAGUGGAUUGCGAAAGCUAAGGAAAUUGGGUUCUCCUACAUGCUGGCAGCACAGAACUUUGAUAUGACCGGGGAAAGCGCCUUGCCCAUUACACAGAGAAGGUGA